AUGGGUCUUCAAAGCAUAUCUACGGGUCUUCGUACAGUUUCUGAUCGAGGAUGCAAGGAAGCUGUAGAGUUUUUGGAAAGAAUUUCAACAUUUGAGGAUAUCGGGUUGGGCGCGCUCCGUUACCCUUAUGCCAUUAAUAUCUACAAAUUUGCAUAUUUGUUGAGAAGAUAUUGGCGUGAGAAAGAGCAGGAUAACCUCCUCAACAACCCUGAUAUGUUUGAGACUCCAUUAGGUAGCUACUCCAUAUGA